AUGCAACACAGUUCACGAUUUUCCUACUAUGUUACAGCAACUGUAGCGGGGUCGUGCUGCAAGGGCGUUUCUGACGGUACUCUUUUGGCGGCAUCGUUUAACGGGCCGUGUGCAUUGGAGCAGCUCGCCAAUGAAGUGGUCAUGGUUUCAGACUCGCUGAACAACUGCCUACGUCUCGUGGAUCUAGAUUCCGGAUCCGUCUCUACUCUUGAUAUAUCUGGAGCCCCUGGAUUUCAGCUAGCGAUCAUGGCUCCUCGAGGAUUGUGCAGGAUUGUAAUUAACGGAGUCAACGGGGUUCUUUUAGCAGAUGCAGGCCAUAAUCGCUUGGUGUUUAUCAACGGUGAGACAGGCCACUGUGAACAUUUUGCUGGAACGGGUGAGGCUGCACACCUGGAUGGAGGAUUUUCACAGGCAGCAUUUAACUUCCCCCAUUCAAUAGUUAGUGAUCCAGUGAACGGCAUUAUCUAUCUUACUGACGCGAAGAACCACUGCAUACGGACCCUCAGCCUUAUGACUAGAAAGGUAAAGACUCUAGCCGGAACACCGGGUGUGUUUGGGUAUAAGGAUGGACUGAAUCCCCUAUUCAACGAGCCCCUGGGCCUUGUCUUAACAGAGGACGGCAACGUUAUUGUGUGCGAUUCUAAGAAUGGGGCCCUGAGGUAUGUUUCUAGAGAGAACGGAGAAACUAUCACCCUAGUGGGCAGACCCAGCAGUGCUAUUAUCAGAACAAUGUGUACUUAUUCAUACAGGAAUUCAAUAGCAAAUCGGCAAUAUUUGUCCAGGCGCCGCACGGGCGUUGGUAACUAUGCUUCCUUUAGAUUUGAGCUUCCAUAUGGCCUCUUAUUCGUGGACGAUGUUCUGCUUGUUACUGAUGCCGGCUCUGGUAGAAUAUAUGCAUUAGACUCUCAUUUCGAGAUGGUCCAUUGUCUCAAUGACUUGGCACCUGGUUUGGGGAACCUCGACGGUCCUCUACGGGCAUCUACUUUUAGGGCGCCAGCGGGCCUUUCCGAAUGUAGAGCAGGCGUCCUUGUUGCUGACAUGGAGUCUAACUGUCUGCGGUUUAUUGGCCCCACAACGCCGAAGACCCGUUGGGGUCUCACAACUAAUGCACGAGCUAUACGAGACAAAGCAAACGAAGAAGCAGCAACAGCAAGUGAGUCUCCACACACGACGCAAAGCUUUGCGAACGGUAUGCACAGCAACCAUAGCAAUGCCGGGUUACAUUCUAAAACCAUGACCCCAGGACCUGCCAACAAACCAAGUAAGAUAGCAGACGGAUCCACCAUUGAUCCUUCGGAUAUGCUGAUCACUUUAACAGAGCCCAGCACCCUGCAAUACACAACAGACAAGUACAAUCUUGGAGAGGAUCCCUCUGCCAAGGACGGAGCACAGACUCCAAGCUAUGUUAAAGACUUUUUAGAUGACCCCUACCCAAUAGCUGUCUUCAAUCUGGAGCUCUAUGACUUGCUGCUAGGAUAUUUCUUGACUGCAAGCACCCCAUCUUUGACUGAGAAGCCGCCACACAAACCAGCUGACAAACCGACUCCAGCGAGAGCAGCGUCAAACCUUGCCAGUUCUACCCGCUCUGUACCCACCCUGCCCAAUUCCAGCUCACGGCCAGCCCAGGAGUCGGCCAUACGCGUCUCUUUGUACGGAGCUGAGUAUAGUAUAAAGGCUAUAAUUGAAGUGUGCACCGUUAUAAGCUCACGCGUCUUCGAUAUGUCCGCUAAAACGUACUCUAUUUAUAGUGCAAGAGUUGCCAGGUAUCUGAUGACUUUCAAUCCAUUGAUCUUUAUUCCCAGGAUCCCUAAGGACGGUACAGAACAAUCCAUCUUGGAGCACACUAAAAAGGGACUGCUAAGGGGCCUCUCUAUGGCUACCAAUGUCCCAGUGUUCUCCUGUAAUUUGCUUUCAGAGGAUAGCCUCAGGGCAGAAUAUCUUGUAGUCGCCGGGAGACGGGGUACCCGGGUCUUUGUCGUGGAGCCGAAAACAGAGUCGUUCGUUAUAGAGCUGGAUAUAAGCUUUCUGGUCGAUAGCUUGUUCCUGCGAUGCUUUAACACUGCGCAGUUGCUUUUUCAUUGCUACUCUUCGGAGCAUUCUGGAGUUAAUACAGAAGGGCUCGAGACCCACAAGAGUGCCGAUUAUCUUGAUGAUUGGCCCACAGAAAAGAAGGACAAAGGGAUCACAGCACCUGCUAGUGUAGGAUCAAAGGGUAGUAGACUAAAGACCGUGAAAAACAAUCUUGCUGCUGAAUCGUUGCUUAAUGUUUCCGGGACCGUGGCCAUAUCCGAUGGGGAUGACUGUCCUGAUGCGGUAGAAUCGUUUGACUCUGACUCCACAAUAUUCACCGCAUUUGAUGCUAUUCACAAGCCACAGGACAAGCUAACUGAAAUGAUGAGUCUUUGCAUCGAGACAAAGACAUUUUCGAGUGCCACUUGUGGUUUGUUUGAUUACUCUCCACACCACAAUGUUGGAGAGUGCUCGGUUCGGAUACCAAUUGGAACGGGGGCCUGUGGCGGAGAGAAAUCGGUAUUUGUAGUCCCUAUUUCCCAGGCACUGUUUAGCAAGCGCUACGGGAUAGCUCCUGGAGAUAGUCUCUGUUAUGAGAUAAUCAUAUAUUUUAGUAUUGUCGGUCACCAGAUGACUGGACAUCAUACAAUGAGAAUCUCUGCUGACAAGAUAAAGCUUUGCGACUACACGGAGUUUAGAAUACCAUAUAUGAUGGCUCGCUCUCCAGCCGCAUUUAGAAGCUUCACCAGCAAGGUUGCCGGAGCCCAGGAAGCAUCUGAAUUGCCACGGGAUGUGAGGAGACUGGAGAAGAACAUUAUUCUGGGAGUAGGGUGCACAAGCGCAGGGUCAGCAUGUACUGGGCAACCCCUGCGAGAUAAGAUACUGGAGCCACAAGACUGA